AUGAAUGGUCAGUCAGGGACCAUGUCGCCCGUCUCCGUAGACGGAAGUGACUGGUCGGGAUUAAAUCAAUACCAAAAGUCGGAUGCAGCCUUCUCCCCUACUUUCUCGAACCGCGGCAAUCUGGCGACUCCUCCGACUUCAGGCGUGCCUGGCGGCACCCCCAGCAGUGCUGGGUUACCGAACAAUGGCUCUUCGUCGCAGUUGAGCGAUUCUGGGAAUCCGUCUCCGCCCAAUUCCAUAACCGCGCGAUCGAGUGACGGGACAUUGGGGGAUCAGCGCAGCAGGCGGAAACGACAGGUGGAGGAAAUUCUCGCUCAGCAUUAUUCUGCUCUAAGAAGGUUCUUGUUCUCGAGUUAUCGGGACGAGCGGGCGAGUAGAAAGUCGAGCAAGGCGCAGGACAAACUCCUACGGCUGUCGGCAACACAGUUUCACGAACUCAGUACCGAUGUCUAUGACGAACUGCUCCGGCGACAGCAGGCUAUGCCGUCUCCUAACCGACCGCCGCGCCCUGAUGUACCCCCGUUUCUUCCUCCGCGAAAUGAUUUUCACGAAAAGCGCAACCAGGCGCGUCAAAAACUGGCCUCGCUUCAGCAUCAGCGCUUUAGAGAUUUGGCUGGGGAUGUCUUUAGUGAACUAGAACGGCGGUUCCCCCAAUUUCCAGAAAAGGAGUCUCGUCGCGCUAGCCCUGCGCCUAGUCUCCGUGGCCGUCCUCCGCCCAAUGCAUACGGGCCUCAGGGAUACCCGCCUCCUCCGGGGAGUCGGCGUUCCCAAUCGCGUGGUCCGCCCCGCCCAGGAAGAGGUUACCCGUCAGGCGGCCCUCCUGGAAGUCCAAUGGGUCCGUAUCCGCCUCGGAAGAUGUCUCUAAGCGGCUCGGUUAUAAACGGAGAUGGUCCGACUGCCAAAUCCUUCCAAAGCAACACGAUUGUCCCGAACAAGAGCACCAUGGUGGAAGACGACGAUGACGCAGUUGGUACCGAGGACGAUUAUGACGCCCGGAGCGAUGCAUUUGCCCUAGACUCAUUCCUACGAAGCAGGCGCGGAACUGCAACGACAAUUGGCGACGGGGAAAGAAAACUGCUGGCAGAGACUCAGUCACAGGUCUCAACCCUGCAGGACAAGGUCAACAAACUAGAAGAACUACUGAAAUCCAAAGACGACGAAAAGCAACAGGAAGUGCAAAAGUUGGAAGAUUUGCUGAAGGCAAAGGAUGAGGAAAUAUCCAAAUACCAACAGGAGCAGGACAAGUCACAGAUAAGCAACGCGGAACGGGAAGAAUGGGACGAUAUCAAAUUCGAACUGGAGAACAAGAUCUCCAAGGCAGAAGAUCUAAACAACUCCUUGCAGUCCGAACUCGAGAAAGUCAGAGCGGAACACGAAGCUGCGCAACGCGAUAUUCAGGGCUCUAGAAAAGGGAGCGAUGAUUCUGAACUGCAGGCUCAGUUCGCUAGUCUCGAAUUCAGGCACAAGCAGUUGCAGGAUGAACUGCGCCAGCAACAGCAAGUGACGGAGGAAGUUCGGCGGGAGGCAGCAGGAUUCUUGACGGAAAUGAGGGAGCUCUCAGAGCAGAGCCACUCCAGGUUAGAGCAUGAGGAACGACUAUCGGAGGAAGUUCACAGGCUGGAGGAGGAGCUCAAGAGUUGGAAGAGUCGGUAUGCGAAAGCAAAGACGCAGCUACGGCACAUGCGGGCUUCCUCUGCUGGUAUUUCAGAGCUCCGUACCGAUGUCAGCACCGUCGCCAAGGAUAACGAGUUCCUGCAAGAUGACGGCUUUAUCAAAGAUGUGCAUGUGACAAAGUUCCAAAUCUCCAUCGACGAGCUUCUUCGCGUUGCACGAUCGGACGAUCACCAGCUUGUGAUGCAGCACGUUAACCCCGUUGUGAUUGCUGUACGCCACAUCUUGCAGGAUGCCCAACCCGCUCAGCGUCUGGAAUCGCCCGACUUUACGAAGGCUACGCGAAAAGUGUCUGCAACGGCAAACAAUUUAAUCACGGCAGCCAAGAACUUUGCUCGCUCAAGCGGUCUGUCUCCUGUAUCUCUGCUGGAUGCCGCUGCUUCACAUCUCUCGACUGGCGUCAUCGAGCUCAUCCGCAUAGUCAAAAUCAGGCCUACACCAGCUGAUGAAUUGAAUGACGAGGAGGAGGAGGAGGAGGAGGAGGACUACUCUGCGCAGAUGAAAUCUCCUGACUACUUCAGCGUGGCGCCCAGCCAGAGCAGACUUAGCCGCAACGGAUCUGUUUACAGCGCCAUGGGGCCACCGUCUGAGUCGGAACAUAUCCCUAAUGGUCUGGGAAUGAACCACACUUAUCCUAUGGAGCAAGAGAACCAUGAGCUUCAAGAGUUAAAGUUCUACGUGGAGGACCAAGCAGAUGGCCUUGUUCAGUCGAUUCAGUACCUCGUCGCCAGUAUUCGUGGAGAAGAACCAAUUACGACCAUCCGCACCCACGUAUCCGCAAUCGCAUCAAUAGUCACAAACGUCUCACAAUCGACUGAACAUUAUAUUCACAAGCCGGACACGAACCCCGCUCUUCGGCAACGUGUCGGAACUAGCAUUGAGACCCUCGAACAUCAACGAAGCCGUCUAGUAGGCGCGGCCGCUGAAGGCGAGGGAGCCUCGGAUCCUACCGAGUCCCGGACCUUUAUCACACAACUGCCGCCCAUUGCCUUUGAACUUGCCCGAAAGACCAGAGAGCUCGUUCAGCAACUGGACAGUAUGGUCGAUGAAGACACCGAAGUCGACGACUUUCGAUAA